AUAUAAAAAUGCCAACAAAUUCAAUGAAAAUUUUAAUUGUUUUCCACACGAAUUACAAGCAAAAUGUCUGUCUUAAGUAUAACAGCUCUAACUCUAUCUUUGGUAUCGAUGGUCAUCGGUGCURGUCUUCGUGCGGCACCAUAUUAUAUGCCACUCGAUAAUAAUGGAGAGAAUAUGGAUAUUGCGGCCAUAAUACGGGAAACAGGUGUCAAACAAUUUAUAUUAGCAUUUGCUUUGGCCACUAAUGAUGGUCAAUGUGUUCCCACUUGGGAUGGAAAUCCUAAUCAAAAGAUUGCCGACGACACCAAAGUUUUAGCAAAAGUAAAGACCAUUCGUGCGGCUGGAGGUGAUGUGUCCGUGUCUUUUGGUGGCUAUAAUGGUGUUGAUUUGGGUCACGCGUGUCACGACGUCAACUCAUUAGCYAAUGCUAUUCAAAUAGUGAUCGACAAAUAUCAACUGACAAAUGUGGACUUCGAUGUCGAACACGACAAUCUCGGCAAUGUUCCCGAAGAACAUCAAAGGUUUAAAGCAAUCAAAUUAUUGAAACAAAAGGCAAAAUCUAAUGGAAAACAACUGUUCGUUACAUUGACUUUGCCCUCAACUACAGUAGGUUUAAGUGAUUUAGGAAAAAGUGAAAUACAGAGGGGUGUUGAAGACGGGGCUCAGAUUGAUCUCUACAAAAUUAUGGCUUUUGAUUAUGGUGGUCCCGGAGCUGAUCAGGUCAAUAGUGUUAUUACUAUUAUGGAAGACGUUCACAACCAACUUAAAGUAUUAAGAAAAGAUUUGAAUGACCAACAAGUCUACGGUGCAACUGGUCUUAUAUUAAUGAACGGACACACAGACCAACCGUCCGAGUUAUAUACUGUCGACACUUUCAGAAAACUCGUUGAUUACGCCAACCAAAAGAAAUUGGGAAGAGUUUCCUAUUGGGCUCUUAAUAGAGACAGAGAGUGUACCGGUCCUACCGGUUGGGUCAAUGGUACCUGUUCUUCAAUCAAACAACAACAAUGGGAAUUCACUAAAACUUUAGCCAACUUUCAUUAAAUAUUAUAAUAAUUAUCAAAUUAAAG